UUUUGCUUCUUAAAAGGCAAAUACUCGUUCAAUAGCCAGAGCCUGCAUGCCAUUGGUGACAGAGCAAACCCAUAUGAAGAAGCCAUUAGCAUAAUAGGGAAGAUAUUAGCUCCAUUUGAUGAAGACAAUCUCAUCCCAUGCUUUGGAUUUGGUGAUUGGAAUUUGGUAUUUGUGACAGCAAUAAUUCAUGAUAGGGAGGUGUUCAACUUUCAUGAUGAUCACUCACCAUGUGUGGGUUUCGAAGAAGUUCUCAUAUGCUACAGAAAAAUUGUUUCGAAUUUGAAAUUGUCAGUCCACAGGAGGAAAAAACUAUCAACUCGAUUGUCACAGCAAGGAGUUGGUGAUGGACCAUGGGAAGACAUGCACAAAUUUGAUGAUAGAAUUCCAGCUCGAGCCUUCGACAAUUUUCAGUUCGUUAACUUCUCCGAGAUCAUGGCCAUAAAGGCUUGCUCAGCAAAGAAGGAAGCAGCCUUCGCCUUGGCUGCUUUUAUGGAGGUUCCCUUGCAAUACAAAGCUACUAAAGAACUCGGCCUUCUCGGGGUUACCACUGAAAAAGCCAAAAAUGUAAUAUUUUACCCUCCUCCCCAAUCUGUAAACCUAAGACGACCAUCACAUUACAGCAUUGCUGAUGAUCGUAGAGAGCAGCCUUGUCCGAUCUGCUGGACAAAUGCCAUGGAUUUGGCUUUAGGGUGUGGCCACACGUGCUGCAGAGCUUGUGGGAAUAAAUUGACGCAAUGUCCAGUUUGCCGAGCAAAUAUCACAUCGCGUCUCAGGCUAUACACCGGUGAAGGAAAAGAUUCAAAUACGUUAGCUGGAAAAAGGAGUUGUUCGGUUUACCGAAGAAGCCAUGCAGUGCAAGAGAAAUGCAAAUGUAUUGUGUAUGAUGGAUAUUUAGAGUUAUUUGGCUAUUAAAUACAUGUUUUUUUUUUAAUUUUUUAUUUCAUUUUGGUUAGA